AGGGCUUACUGCAGGAGAUAAAGCCAGCUAAUAGAGAUGAAAUGAAUCGGUAUUUAAAAGGUCUCUUUUAGUUAAGACACUUUGCUGGCAGCAGAUUGUGCUUACUCCAGUCUGCAAGUUGGAUGCUGAAGGACAAACAGAAUAAAAACUAGCUCUCACAUAUUUAAAAAUACUUUAUAAUCAUUUUUGUUACAUAAUUUGCUUUGUUUUUUUGUAUUACAUCUGAACUACCACAACAGCAGCUGCAAAUACUACUAACACAAAGCACUACUUUGGAUUGAAGGUGGUGUGCUGUAAUGACUCCACGGGAGCAGCUGAGGAAGAUGACAGCACUGAGUGACCAGGGGACUUUAGAUGAGAAGCACUGGUACCGAUUGGUCAACGGCAUGUCGGCUGGAGAGCUAAGGCAGAGGCAGGAGCUGAUAAUGAGGAACCAGAUGGCCAUGGCUCCACAGAUCCUCGCCCAGGGCCAACAGAGGUUACAGGGGGUCCCAACACAGUUUGAACAUCGUUUUAUGGAAAGGGAGUUGGUUCCUCCUGCAGAGAUGGUAACAUCCGAAGCAAGGCAGAUUCACAUGGGACAUCACCUCGGUCCACCCCUUCCACCACAUGCCAAUGUCCUGCCUGGCAGAGCAUUCCCAGGACCAGGUGGGUAUGGCUUCCUGCCCUCAGAACCAAUGGAAAACGUUGCCAGGCGACAGGAGCUCCUUCACAAGCAAAAUAUAGCAAGGAUGGAGAUGAACGCCAUCCUGCACCAGAAAGAGCUUGAGAAUGCUCACCAAAAAGGACUGAUGGGAAUAGAGAAUCCCAUGUCGUACCCUUCCAACCCCAUGCUCUUUAGGGGCCGCCAGCGCAUGCCAGACGGCCAUGAGGUCUUUGUCCACCGUCCCUCCCUAGAUGAGCUUCAUUCCAACAGCAUACUCAUGUCAUCCAACCCCUAUCCACCAAUCAGCUCGCUGCACAGAGAGAGAGGUCGUAGGGCUGGGCGAAGGCCUACUGUACAUAAGAGUACAGAGAACCAGGUGCCCAACCUGAAGGGUCAAACUGAGGACAAAAGUGUAGAGCAGAGUCCAGAGGCGACAUCAGGAGAGGAGAAAGAGUUAGAAGCAAAGGGGGAUGUGGGCGAGGAGUGUGGCACGAGUAAGACACACCAUCAGGUGAAAACAGACCCUGAGCUGGCCAUAGGAAGCAGGAAGAGCUACAAAGAGGGGGAGGCGGGCCUGCGUAAGACUUGCGCAACCACUCAGGAUGGAUGUUCAGAUAUUACCAACGGUGCUUCCAAUGAUAAAGACAUACCCAGUCAGUGUUCGGCUUUCCAGGAAAAAUUCAUCUAUCCCUCCACCGGUGGAGCUCUCACAGGGAUGCCUUAUGUGUUCCCUGUCCAAGGAAAUGGUUUUCUUCCAAGUGGCCCACCAAACCUCUUUCUAAAUGGUGAGGAAGUUCCAGAGGACUUAAGGAAGUGGACAGUGAACGAUGUUUACAACUUCAUUAGCAGUAUACCGACAUGCUCAGAGUAUGCUCAGACGUUCAAGGACCACAUGAUUGAUGGCGAAACUCUUCCACUUCUUUCAGAGGAGCAUCUACUGGACACACUAGGGCUCAAGCUAGGCCCAGCUCUGAAAAUACGCUCACAGGUACUUAGACAGCGAAAAAGGAUCUCGAUAAAAUAA